AUGAUUCAUGAUACACAUCAUGGGCACAAGGUUCGACUACCGAAGCGCCUAUUAGCAUAUCCGAAGUUCCGGCUUUUUAAUUGGUAUCUCCGUCAGAUUCAAAAGAAGGAUCAAAGGAGUAACUCCUGGUCUAUAUGGAAGGCCCACUGGGGUGGUCUCUCUCAUGUCUUUGACAACUGGCCACAAGCUUGGGAUGCUAUCAAGCCUCCUUGCGCUAGAGGUUUAUUCUCUGGUCAUGUGGGUAUUAAACCUACUUCGUUGACUGGCUUACAACGUAAUGCAAGCUCAACUAGAGAUUUUAAUCGCCUGGUCCCCAUGCCCAUGGUAAUAGAGGUCCUUAUUAAUGGUCACAAGAGUCGUGCUCUUCUUGACUCUGGGUCUUUGGGUGAUUUUAUCUCCACAACGCUAGCAGAUCAGCUAAAGUUGAAGCGAACUGAGCUUGCGAAGCCUAUUGAGUUGCAUCUUGCUGUUCAGGGCUCACGCUCAAAGGUUAAUUAUGGUACACAAUCUGAUUUCAAGUACCAGAAUAUCAAGGAACGUCGAUACUUUGAUAUCGUAAACCUAUCAAAUUAUGAUGUGAUCCUUGGAACGCCAUUUCUGUUCCAGCACAAGGUAUCCUUUGGUUUGAAUGAGGAACAUAUCAUAAUUGGAAGUGAGACGAGCCUACCUAUCCGUGGUGAGAAUGUUGCUCAAAUUGACGCUCGGGCUGUUGAUAUAGCAGAGGAGCAACUAGGACAUGUCCGAGAGCAAUUGUUUGAGUAUGCAGCACCAUUGUUUGUUGAUGCUGCUAAGACACCGUUACCUCCGUUUCGAGCAAUCAACCAUGAGAUUCCAAUUAUAAAUGAAAACCAGGUCUAUACCUGGCGUUCAUCUAGAUGUCCUGAAGCAUUGCGCCAGCAGUGGGUGCAGAAAAAGAAGGAUUAUCUUGCAACAGAACAUUGGAAGGUAACCACAGCCCGUAAUACUGUUCCAAUGCUGUGCAUAUAUAAGCCU